GAGCUCUCGCAAGCCAUGUUGCGCCUGGGCAUGGGCCUGGAGAAGGAGUAUGCCUAUGACAUCUUCAGCAACCUGAUGGUAAGUUGGAGGGGGGGUGACUGUUGGGAUACUGCCAGGGAGACGGGGGCAUCAGGCGGGCCCCCAGCUGGCUCCGAACAAUCACCGGUCUCCUGUGGAACAGCAUCAGUAAAUUAGCAACACGAGCUUCAGAUACGUUCCAAGACCCAUGCACACCCUUUCAGCAGGGUGUAUAAAUCUUCCACAAUGGAAGAAGCAGACAGAGAGAGCAUAUUUACAGCUUUAUUCAGCUUAGUUCAGGAACAAAGGAAAACAUGACUGCUUGCCUUCAUAUCCAGCAAAACAGCAGCAUAUCAAAAGCUACAUGCAAUGGAAGUUCCCAGCAAGAGCUGGAAGUAAACAGGCAUGUGAUACACAAACGUCAUGCCUGUACCCUUUUAAGGUGGAACGGAACUAUAUCCUAACAGUGACUUCCAUCCUGAGGACCAGUGUUGGAAUCCCCGCCUCCCAAGAGAGGCCCCUGUGGGCUGACCUCUCUCAGAGGAUUUUGGGUGGGGUUGUUGUCCUCUCUCCCUGCCAUGGGGGCUUCCCAAAGGCCCCUUGCUUGGCUGGUAGGGGACUCAGAAUUUUAGAGUUGGACGAGACCUCCAAGGGUCCUAUAGUCUGACCCCCUGCAGUGCAGGAAUGUCCCCAAAGCACCCAUGACAGAUGGCCAUCCAGCCUCCGUUUACAAAUGAAGGGGAGUCCACCACCACCGCUCAGCUGUCAAACAGGUCUUACCACCAGGAAGGUGGGAUUAACAGAUCCACAUUAAUUGUCAAGUUGGAUGGGACCUCCAAGGGUCCUCUAGACUGACCCUCUGCAGGGCAGGAAUCUUUUGCUCAAACCUAUGACCCUCAGAUUAAUAAUAAAUAAUAAUAAAUUUUUAUUUAUACCCCACCCUUCCUGGUUCAGAAAACCGGGCUCAGGGUGGCUAACAACCAAUUUAAAACACUUAAUUGUAAAAGCAGCGUAAAAUACAGUAUAAAAACAUGAAUAACAAUAAAAUUCAAAAUUCAGAAAUCAAUUUGGGGAAAAUCCAUCCAAUAAACAUUGGAUAGUCACCAGGGCUAGCUGGCUGAAUUAGUCCUACUUGGGCCAGUGAGGAGACCAGGGGAGAAUUAGCUGUGGGGUCUCAGAGCGGGUGAUCUUCAUAAAAGGGGAGGGAAGGAAAGGGAAAUAAAAGAUCAGGCUGAAUUCAAAUUAAAGGCCAGGCGGAAUAGCUCUGUCUUAACAGGCCAGGCAGAAGGAGGUUAAAUCCUGCAGGGCCCUGGUCUCCUGGGACAGAUCAUUCCAGCAGGUCGGAGCCACCACUGAGAAGGCCCUGGCCCUGGUGGAGGAUUGUCUGACUUCCUUAGUUCCCGAGACCUCUAAACUAUGCUUAUUCAUGGACCUUAAGGUCCUCUGCGGGGCAGACCAGGAGAGGCGGUCCUGUAAAUACGAGGGUCCUAAAAGCCCUAAGAGCCUCCUGUUCUACUGAGUGACAGCUGUCACGGCUCCCUUGCUUUGUCCUCUCCCAAAGGACGGGGGUUUAUAAGAAGAAGGGAAGGGGGGUGCAGCAACCUCAGGGCUCCUUUCUCCCCCCCCCUUUCCUCCCCACAGCAGAAGCAGCCGCAUUACGCCUUCCGGGGGCUUGAUAUGCCCAGGUCUGUGACGGGAGAGAUGCGUGGUCUCAUCAUCGACUGGCUGGUGCAAGUGCAUGUAGGUACCAGCAGGAACCCCCCCCCAAUCUCUCCCCCCCCCCGGAAGAGCGGGUGGGGAAGUUUGUUUGGGGUGGGGCUGCAGGAGGCCCUGAGUUUCCAUCCCCUUGCAGCAGACUCAGGUGGGCAGGGAGGCAUCCAGGGCCGGCUCUGCAAUGGGACAAGGUGAGGCAGGCACCUCGGGUGGCAGAAUGGGAGGGGCGGCAGGUUUGGCUCCCUCCCCUUGCUGGAGAGGCAAACUUCUGCCCUGAAGGGGGUCACCAGGAGUCCUUGGAGCAAGCAAGAGUUGGGGGCUUGGUGGAGCCUUUGUUGUGGGGCAGAAUAUCGGGGAAUGGCGGCCCCAAAGUCAUAGAAUCACAGAGCUGAAGAGUUGGAAGGGACGAGGAGAAGGAGGAGCUGGACUGGGACGCUUUGUGGCAGAAAGUUGUGUCUAAUCCUGCUUCUGCCCACCCCCCAGGAAUACCUGGCCCUGGCGGACGAGACUCUCUUCCUGGCCGUCUACCUCUUGAACGCCUACUUGAAAGCGGGCCGAGUGCGAAUCUCCACCCUGCAGCUCCUGGCUGCCACCUGCCUCUUCCUGGCCUGCAAGGUAGAGGAGAGCAGUUGCCCUCAGGUGAGCAGGAGGCCGCAGGUGGGAGGGGGAGGCUCUGGUGCCCAGUCCAGGGAGGGGGGCUGUCCUAGACUCCCACCUCUAGGAGAGGCAGUUGAGACUCUGUGCCUGUCAAGGGGACUGUUCACACUGAAUAGCUGUGGCUGGGCUGUGGCCUUAGUUGUGGGGCUUCCUCUGGUGGGCUGAUCCUGCACAGCUCAGGGGGUCCAGGCCGGCCCCUCUCCUGCCCCUCUCCUGCAAAUGAGCACCUUGUGGGGGGUAGGCAGGGAGGCCAAGGGCAGGAGGAGGAGACUCAGACAGGCGCCUCUCUCAUCGCCUCCCAGUUUAUUUUUUUUACUUGCUAUGAUGUUAAUAUUGUUUUGCCUUGUUGAUUUGUCAAUCAUAUUGUCAACACACUGCUGUCAUCUCCAUGAGGGCUGCGAGAUCCCAGGGGUUGGGGGGGGCACACUUUCCAGGGUCCAUGUUCCUCUCUGGGACAAUGAGGCACAGCAGAGACUGCAGUGUCUUCAUGAAAUAUGGUUUUAUUUGCCCAUAUAUGUGACCUGCACCUUGAUGGGAGGAUUCCAGAACAUUUGCAUCCUAUGGGGUUUUGCUACCCCAUCCUCAAGGAGCGUUGGACUCAAAAGGACAGCAAAAAGCCACACUCUGUGUCUCUUGGUUCUAGACUGUCACUCCCCAGCUCUCUUGGAGAAGCCCCCCACCUUCUCCUUCUCGCUGUUACUCCAAGGAGCUCCCGCCAGCCUAUGCCAUUCAAAGUUGAAUCCCUAAACCUCUGCCUGAUUCCUUGAUGGACCAUCACUGACUUUUGGCCCCUGCUGAUGGCCAAAGUUUAGCCCAAACUUAACUCCAGGAAUGAUGGGGAGGCUGUGGCACCCAGGAAUUUAGGGGAAUCUGGCCCCCCAAACCCAUAACAAUAUAAUAUGACAUGCUGUAAUCAGGCGAUGUUUAGCUUAUUUUUAUAUCAUUUUUAAUAAGUCUCCCACCGUAUUUCAAAGCAUUUAUCAUCAUAAACAUUUUCUUUUGACAUACAAAGUUACUUUUUGAUUUCCCACCCCUCCUUUCCUAAUGUUUAUUUUUUAGCUGUUUUAUCGCACACAUAUUUUUACUACCCAAACCCCACUACCAUUAAAUCUUUCACGAAUCCGCUGCUUAUUAUUUCACAGUUUGGCUUAUUCUUUUUUAGUUGGUUAGUUUUAGUUUGUUAAAUAUUGUUUCUUGGGUUUUACUUGUUUCGCUGACGAUCAUGGGAUCUAGGCUGUACUUGUGAUGUCCCAUCACGUUGCUGUUAUUUAUUGUUUGUGAGCCCCUUUGGGAUUCACUUGAAUGGAAAGUGGUCAGGGAAAUGCAAUCACAGAGGGAAAGAAUCAUAGAGUUGGAAGGGACCCCCAGAGGUCAUUCAGUCCAACCCCUUGCAAUGCAGGAACCGCAGCUGAAGCACCCAUGGCAGGUGGCCACCCAACCGCUGCUUAAAAACAGCCUUGCGAGGGAGACUGCCCACCCACCCCUUUCUGCCGCUGUCUCUCCUUCUCCCCUCCCUCCCUCCAGCCGUCCCAGCUCUGCUUCAUGAUGGAGGACUCAUUCAACCAGAAGGAGCUUCUGCGCAUGGAGCGCAAGAUCUUGGCCGGCCUGAAGUUCGAGCUGCACUAUGCCAACCCUGUCCACCUGCUGCACCUGCUGGCAGAAGUGGGCCAUUGUGCCAGGGAGGUGAGUGUCAGUCGGGCGGGCAGGGGUCUCCCAGGCCGCAGCUGACUCCUCACUUUCCCUCUUAAAGAGAUGCUGGGGCUCAGAAUGUAGCCUUCCCAAAGCAAGGAAGGAUUGGACUCUGAUUAAUAGAAUACACACGAGGCUUGGCCAGCAAGACUCUGGGAGGAAUGCAUAUAAUAAUUCCUGUCCACCCCUCGGCCCAGGUCGUUUUAUUCACAAAAGAACUUUUUACACAGUGUUCGUAAGAGACAAUCAGAUUUCCUUUGAGCAUUUCAAAAAAAACCCCACGUGGGGACAAAGUUAAAGUUAAAACUACAAAGAAACUAUUUCCUACUUGAGCAUGCAUAGUAGUCCAGAGUAAAUAAAAGAGGGAGCAAGGAGGAGUGCUUUUAAGAAACCCCGGAGGUCAUAAAUAGGAGAGGCAGGAUGGCAGUGUUUACCAUCUUGUGAACUCUCUUCCUGGCCCUUAAGAUCUAUCUAAAGAUUAAACUACGUCAAAGUAACCUACUAUCUUUAUGUACUGAGGGUGCCGGAUGAAGCAACUGGCCUGUGUUUCAGAAUGCUUAUACGUGCCUGUCAGGUGUAGAGAAAUGGGCAGUAGAGGAAAAAUGGCAGAGGUGCAGAGGCUUGUGGGAUUUGAUCAGAAAUUAUUGUCAAUGAAUCAAACCCAGUCAACGCAACGCUUUCAUCGCGGACACAGUGGCUUGAUGCACAUUUCAUAAUUCCUCACAGUAAUCCCAUCUGAUCACUACAUCAGAAGUCAGACCCUUUCCUCCCCGAGUGCAGCUUCUGCACAUGCUCAGAGUCAAGGACGUUGCUGCCCUUCCGAUUGCCUCCUGCUCCUGGCCUGACCUGAGGGCAGGGGCUGGUGAGGGCAGGACUCCUGGGUCCCCCUUCCCCCUACUUGCUCUUCCUCCUGCCCCUCCCCCCAGGUGCUCCUCUUGGCCAUGUACUUCCUGGAGCUUUCUCUGGCGGACUGCGACUGCCUGCGCUUUGAGCCCGCACAGCUCUCUCUGGCUGCCCUGGGCCUGGCACAGAGGGUGCUGCCGGAAGAGGGUGCCAGGCUCUGGGACGCUCUCCAGGAAGGUGCCCCGAACCUCCACUCGUACAGGUAGGAGCAGACCCCUGGACCCCUGGGAGGGGGGAGGAGGCAGCACAGGAGGAGCCCACCUGCCAGUGUGUUUUCUGGGAGGCUGGCGAUUCUCUGUGCCAAUAGGACAAAGACUUUUCAGUUAUGAAUGGGUUUUGUAAUUUUAGGAUUCUGAAGAACUGGAGUCAAAUUCAGAAGCUGCUUCUCAGGCCCCUAAGCUGCCACUCUGGAGACUUAUGUGAAGUCACCAAUAUAUUUCAGUCUUGGAAAGGGCCUUGCUAUGCCCUUUUUAAUUUAUUGUCCUUGAUUUAGCUGAAAUUCCUGCAUUUCAGGGGUUUGGACCAGAUGACCCAACUGUACAGUGCUAAGAUUCUAAGAACCUAUGGAGAGCCUGGCUGCCCCAUCUAAUCCCAUAGCCUAGACUCUCAGCGGUCAGCCAGCCAGCGGUCAUUUGGGGAGCCCCACAAGCACCCCAGCACCUGCUACUCAGAAGCGUCACUGCCUCCUGUGGGAGGGGGUUCCGUAGGGGCUGCAUGAAGGAAGACGUUAUUUUCUCUCUCAGGGUGGGCCAGGAAGCCCCCUGUUCAAAUCUUGCCUCACUGCUGAGUGGGAGAGUGUGCUCUUGUGGGAAUGUUCAGGGAUGCAGGAGAGGAUAUAUUGUUUGAUUAUAGCCUUUCAAACUUGUGUUAACAAGUUCACAAUUUAGCAGAGUAACAUUCCCCUUUUUAAACUCACAGCGGAUGCGUUUGCUCAGGCUCGCUAAAGCCUCUAUAAUAACUGUUCUGGUAUUUCCCCCUUAUUCCCUCAUAAAAGGUAAGACACGACACAGUCUUCUAUAAAAGUAUAAAAAGAGUUUACUCACAUUCUGUUCACAAUCGGAUCCCAGAAAGCAGACUUUGCUUAGAAAAGUAACAUACACCUGGAAACUAUCUCAUAAGGAGACAGUUCCUUUGUCUUCUCUUGGCUGGAGGCCAAGAGAGCAUCUUUGACUAAGCAGAUGUUGCUUCUUCGAUGAAAGUAGUCACAGAGAGAGAGAUGGCUGCCCUGCCCUGUGCUUUUGUCAUCACCUGUACAGGUGAGGCCACGCCCACCUCUAGUCACAUGCAGAGGAAGUCUGUCCCAGCCCAGAAGGAAACAGGAAGUUUACCUGCUGGCUGGACAAACAUUCCUCCCCAUGUGUAAACAUGUUCACUCUAGGAAUGUUGUACUUGACUGCUCUUGUGUUUCACACCCCACAGCUCUGGCAAGUUGCUGCCUCCUCUGUCUUUGCCCCUUAUGGGGGUGAUACUCCGUCUUGUGACAGGGUUGCUGCAGGGACUUAUGGGGUGAUGAUGCCUGGCUUUUACAGAGAGUUCUGUGCCUGGCCUGUGAUUCUUGGGUCCUUUUUGCUGCAGUGAUGCUCUCUGGCUGGCUGGCUGCACAGAGGUCAUCGAUUCAUAUAAUUGAAGGGACCCUGUGGGUCAUCUAGUCCAACCCCCUUCUGGAUCAGGCCAAGGACCUGUCUAGUCCACCAUCCUGUUCUCACAGCAGCAGGAGAGUUGCCUGUGGGAAACUGGCAAGCAGGAUUUGAAUGCAAGAACAACACUCUUCCCUCCUUUAUUCAAAAGCAUAGCUUCCUCCCUUCCUGCCUCUCUCUCAUUGCAGUGAGUCUGAGCUGUCGGCAGUGCACCCUCCCAUGGCCAAGGCUGCCCUGCGGGGCCCCAGCUCCACCCUUCGCGCCACUUUCCUGAAAUACUCGCGGCCUCAAAAACUCUGCACCAGCACCAGCCCCGCCAUCACGGCCUCCGAGUACCUGAGCUGCUUCCUGGGAAGCCCCACUCCAUGA